AUGGCGCCCCACCUCAGCAAGAGGGAGCUCGACCUCUGCUUCUCGCUCUACGCCGCUGGGAAGACCCCGGUGGAGAUACGCGACCUCGUUAGUCGGACCCGUGAGUCCCUCGACGAGACUGGGCCAGAUUUGACGACCGUCCGCCGGGCCCUCCGGGGCGCCACGCACAGGCGUGGCCCAGCGGAGACUCGCGGCCGCAAGCCCGAGCUCACGGCCGUCAAGCUCCGCGCCUUGAACAACGCGCGGGUUCGUUUGAUUCGGGCGGCCAAGGGCGAGGCCGAGAUUCACCUCAAGGACGUGAUGAAGGCCGCGCGGGUCUCCGACGUCCACAAGGGCACGGCCUCCAGGCACUUCAAGCGCCUCGGGGUCACCUGGCGCGCUCCCCGCGCGGAGCCGCUCCGCGGCUCCGCGGAGGCGGAGGAGCGCGUGGCCGCGCGUUCGGGGUGGAAGCGGCUCCCGGGCAAUUAUUUCACGCACCAGGGCACGGCCUCCAGGCACUUCAAGCGCCUCGGGGUCACCUGGCGCGCUCCCCGCGCGGAGCCGCUCCGCGGCUCCGCGGAGGCGGAGGAGCGCGUGGCCGCGCGUUCGGGGUGGAAGCGGCUCCCGGGCAAUUAUUUCACGCACCAGGUCGAUGCCAUCAUCGACAAUAAGGUGCCCCCCAUCCCCAUGACCAAGCGGGCGAAGACGCACGCAAAGAAGAGUCGCGUUCGCGGCCACCUUCGCACCAAGGCAGAGGGGGCGCGACUCUCGGUCCCGAGCGCGAUCCCAGGGGCCGGGGGCGGGGGCCGCCGGGCCGCCGAAGUCGAGAUGCCGAUUCCGCCCCCGAUCGUUGCCCCGAUCCAUGUCCUCAAGCCUUUCACGAAGCCGAAGGGGAACCGGAACAGGGUGAACCCAGGCGCCAAGGUUCACGUGGCCGCAGCCAUCGUGAACAACAAGGUCCGCGUCUGGCACUACCUGCCCACCCUGUGGUGCGCCGACGCAGCCUGCGAUUUCUACGCGGGCGUCCUCGCUCCCGCGCUUCGCCGUUGCCGGAAGGGGCGCCGCGCCUUCCGCAUCCUGGAGGAUAACGACCCCACGGGGUACAAGAGCAAGAAGGCCGUUGACUGCAAGAUGGGUCUCAAGAUCACCCCCAUCAAGUUCCCCAAGUAUUCCCCGGACUUGAACCCCCUCGACUACUUCCUCUGGGCGGAGGUCAACCGGCGAAUGGCAGAGCAGAGCGCGCCGGCCAACGAGUCUCAGAGCGCUUACAAGGCGCGCCUCAGGCGCGUCGCCAUGGGCAUCCCGAAGAGCGUCAUCAGGGCAGCCGUCGUUUCGGAAACGCAGCCCGACCAGGACGCCGCGUCGCCUCUGGAGACCGUGUUGGCUGAGGCCGAGAAGCUGGACUCGUUGCAGUGGGUCUACUUGGUGACCAUAUCGCGCGUCCUGGACGCGACCCUUCCCGACGGCCGCCAGUACCGCGAUCUUGGCGCGAUGAGCCGGGAGGACAUCGGAAAAACAGUGGCCGACGCAUUCAACAAUCCGAAUCCGACUGGGUCCGCGGGCGGCCGCCCUAGGAAGGAACCGGACGGCCAAGCGCUCGUGUCCAUGGCGGUGGUGUUCCAGGAGAGGCACAAAGACGGCGCGAUCCAUUUCCACGUUGCUGUGAAGCUGACUAGGUCGGGCCGUUUCCAGCAGGCCAAGCGCACUCUGCGUGAGCGCCAUUCGUUGCCGAGCCAUUUCUGUGGUUCCCACCGGCGAAUGUGGAGCGCCGUGAGGUACGGGUAUAUGGAGACCCCAGCCAAACCAGAUGUCGACGACGCCCCGUGGGUGUGGCAGCCAGACUGGGCCGGGUUCGCGCGCGAGAACGACGCCAUCGACCUCUUCGAGAUGUCGCAGGAGCCAUACAUGGCAGGCGUGCGGGUGAAGCGCCGGGAGGCCACGGACAAGGCGGCCGGGGCGAUGGGCACGAAGACGACGUUCGACCUCGUAGACUUGACCUCGACCAUCAUCGCCAAGCACUUGUGGACGAAGGGCAGCCUGAUGGCGUACGUCCAGGACCGCGGGACGAAGGCCAUGCAGCGGUUCGUCCGCAGCCGAGUGCGCAAGCUGACGGCGGACCUUGAGGAGACGAAGGAGUGGGCGUCUGCCCGCGAGAACGCGGCCUUCGAGGCGGUGGACGAUUGGACGCUCGUGUGCCGCUGCGCUGAGGAGACAUGUCCCCAUGGCCCGGCGUGCUCGUACAGGUCAGCCGUGGAGACCAUCUUCUCCCGCAGCGCCGCUUCUUUCGACGUUCGGGAGCUCGCGGCGUCUCUGCGGGACAUUCUGAUGGUCGGCCCGAAGAAGACGACGAGGGUGCCCUUCCUGGUGGGGCCGUUUCCGGGAAGAGCACGGUAG